UCAUGGCUGCCGCCCGUGCGCCGCGUCCGGGGUCUUGUGGGUGUUACACUGACUGACAGCUGCGCUACCGCGGACCCGCCCUCUGCCCUCCGCAGCCGAGCCGGGGUCAGGUCCGGGGAGCUCUGCGAGGCGGCGGCGGGAGAGGGAGCCAUGGGGACAGUGCAUGCCCGGAGUUUGGAGCCUCUUCCAGCUAAUGGACCUGAUUUCGGAGCGUUAGGAGAAGAGGCUGAGUUUGUUGAAGUUGAACCUGAAGCCAAACAGGAGAUUCUUGAAAACAAAGAUGUGGUUGUUCAACAUGUUCAUUUUGAUGGACUUGGAAGAACUAAAGAUGAUAUCAUCAUAUGUGAAAUUGGAGAUGUUUUUAAGGCGAAAAACCUUAUUGAGGUGAUGCGGAAAUCUCAUGAAGCCCGAGAAAAAUUGCUUCGCCUAGGAAUAUUUAGACAAGUGGAUGUUCUGAUUGAUACGUGUCAAGGUGAUGAUGCGCUUCCAAACGGGUUAGACGUUACCUUUGAAGUAACUGAAUUAAGGAGAUUAACGGGCAGUUAUAACACCAUGGUUGGGAACAACGAAGGCAGUAUGGUGCUUGGCCUCAAACUCCCUAAUCUUCUAGGCCGUGCAGAAAAGGUGACUUUUCAGUUUUCCUAUGGAACCAAAGAGACUUCGUACGGCCUGUCCUUCUUCAAACCACGGCCCGGAAACUUCGAGAGAAACUUCUCUGUAAACUUAUAUAAAGUUACUGGCCAGUUCCCUUGGAGCUCACUUCGGGAGACAGACAGAGGAGUGUCUGCCGAGUACAGCUUUCCCAUAUGGAAGACCAACCACACUGUCAAGUGGGAAGGUGUGUGGCGGGAGCUGGGCUGCCUCUCGAGGACAGCGUCCUUCGCUGUCCGGAAGGAAAGUGGGCACUCGCUGAAAUCAUCCCUUUCGCAUACAAUGGUCGUCGAUUCACGGAACUCCUCCAUCUUGCCCAGAAGAGGUGCUCUGCUGAAAGUUAACCAGGAGCUGGCCGGCUACACCGGAGGGGACGUGAGCUUCAUAAAAGAAGAUUUCGAGCUUCAGUUGAAUAAACAACUUUUAUUUGAUUCAGUUUUCUCAGCGUCUCUCUGGGGUGGGAUGCUGGUGCCCAUUGGCGAUAAACCAUCAAGUAUCGCGGACAGGUUUUACCUCGGAGGACCAACCAGUGUGCGUGGGUUCAGCAUGCAUAGCGUUGGGCCGCAGAGUGAAGGCGACUACCUGGGUGGAGAGGCGUACUGGGCUAGCGGCCUGCACGUGUACACCCCACUGCCCUUCCGGCCAGGCCAGGGUGGCUUCGGGGAGCUCUUCAGAACACACUUCUUCCUCAACGCGGGGAACCUCUGCAACCUCAACUACGGGGAGGGCCCCAAGGCUCAUAUCCGGAAGCUGGCCGAGUGCAUCCGCUGGUCUUAUGGUGCCGGCAUCGUCCUCAGGCUUGGCAACAUCGCCCGGCUGGAGCUGAAUUACUGUGUUCCCAUGGGCAUGCAGAAGGGUGACAGGACAUGUGACGGUGUCCAGUUUGGAGCCGGGAUCAGGUUCCUGUAGCUGACACGCAUGCUCGAGAGCCUGCAGGGGGAGCCCCGGGACUCGGGGCCAUGCACCUUCUUGCCGCGUCAACGGGCCGUUCUUUGCAGUCCUCGUGGGAAACCACGUCAAUAAAUUUUAAAGACAAAUACUCA